CACAGACUUGAAGAAAAAAAAAGGUUUUCUGAUGGCAGCACUCCAAAUUACAUUUCAAGGAACUAUAAGCAUUGCAACAUGUCACGAGAUGAGCUCAUUGGUAAAAUUUCACAGCAGAGAAAUGUCAUCACCAGUUUGCAAAACCAGAUUGCCCAAACUCAAAGACAGUUUCAACGGGAUUUAUCAGGAAGUGGUGUGACUCUAAGUGCAUGUCAGUCCAUUGAGAUGAGAGAUGCUAUGGCUUUAUGUUCAACCGAAAUGGAGAAAGCCUUCCCAGAUUCCAAUUGCUUUCAAAGACUUUUUUGGAGUGAACAAUUUAAAAGUGUUAACGUGAAAUCAGCUAAAGGAAUGAGAUGGCAUCCCAUGAUAAUUAGAUGGUGCUUGUAUCUUCGACAGAAGUCCAGUGCUGCAUAUGAUGCUUUGAGAGACUCUGGGUUUAUCACUUUACCAAGUGCCAGGACUUUGUUUGAUUACUCUCACUACACUAAAUGUGGUAAUGGUUAUCAACCAGAUGUUUUAAAUAUAUUGAAAUCUGAGGCAGAAAAGAAGGGCAUGUAUAACAAUGAUGAGCCAUGGCGAAAGUACGUUGGAAUACUAUUUGAUGAAAUUCAGGUUAAAUCAGAAUUGGUAUAUGACAAAUACAGUGGUGAAUUAAUAGGAUACUGUAAUUUAGACAAAGUUGGUAACCAGAUGAUGGAACUUGACAAGAGUAUUAAAGGAACUGAACACUCAGACAUAGCCAAGUACAUGCUUGUUGUAAUGGUGAGGGGUGUAACUUGCGACCUACGGUUCCCAUUGGCCGGUUUUCCGACAACUAGCAUAACAGCAGAUUUUUUGUACCCCAUUAUUUGGAAGGCAGUACGCAUUCUAGAGACCAGCCUUGUUGACCUAAGGGUUUUAUUCAUUACUUGCGACGGUGCAUCAUCAAACAGGAGAUUUUUUAAACUUCACGGAGAGGACAAUGACUUUGUACACUAUGCAGAUAACCCGUACUCAUCUGACAACAGAGCUAUAUAUUUUAUUUCGGACGUACCCCAUCUUAUUAAAACCACACGCAACUGUUUUUGCAAUUCAUUCUCUCAUAAAAAUACUCGAAAAAUGUGGAAAGACGGUAAAGACAUUUCUUGGCUUCAUUUGCUUAAUUUAUUCGAACAGCAUUGCGAACUGUCAUUAUACAGCCCAUGUCCCAAAUUAACAAGAAAACAUAUCGACAUGUCAACAUUUGGGUGCAUGAAGGUGAAUUUUGCUGCACAGGUCUUGAGUUCAACUGUAGCUAAUGCAUUGGAAAUGAUAUAUGGAGACAAUGUCACAGAGACAGUGAACUUUAUAAGGGUUAUGAACCGGUUUUUUGACUGUUUGAAUGUGCGAAGCCUGUACGAAGGUCGUAACAAACGAAAUCCGGAUUUGAAUCCCUACAAUUCUUCAAAUGAUGAAAGACUGAGGUGGUUAAAAGAGGAUUUCCUGAACUACUUCAGUGAAUGGGAGCAAGCCGUCAUGAAUCGUGUAGGAAAUUUCACUUUGAAAGACCGGAAGGGGAUGCUGCUUAGUCAUCAGACUAUUACUGGACUGAAAAUAAGUGUGCAUUCGAUUGUUGCAAGUGUGAAAUUUUUAUUAAACAGUGGUGCUAAGUUUGUUCUCACUCACUCUUUUAAUCAGGAUCCUCUUGAACAGGAGUUUGGACAUUACCGUCAUAGAGUUGGUGACAACAGUAACCCAACAGUGUAUUAGGUUCGACACAUGAUGAACCAAAUGCGUGCAGUAGGAGCAGUUGCUUUAGCUCCGAAGAGAGGGAAUAUCCACCGAGAAAAUGACGAAAACCGUUUUGUAAUUGACGAUUCAAAGUUACCCAAGAGAUAAGCUUUAGUUGUACAUUAGUAACAUUGUCAUGAUUGCAAUUCUUUUCAAACUUCAAAAAGUUAUGAAUAGUUUUAAUUUAGAUUUUAAUGUUUCCCCAUAUUUUACCAGUAUUCAUGAAGAAUUGCUAAAAGUACAUGAAAGUU